AUGCCAAUCCUCCCAACGACUACGCCGCGUUCUUCAUUUCACGAAGAAAUGCAUUAUAAACGAAGAAGACCAACGUACUGGACUGCUUCAAUUCCAUUAUUUCUACGAAGAUUAUUCCGCUUUCCACAAAUGGAUUUCGAGUAUGCAUUUUGGCAAAUGCUCUACUUAUGCAUAGCUCCAAGAAGAGUCUUAUGGGCAUGGGAUAGUAGGGAUCCUCAGGAUGAUCCUAUUUAUGGUCUUUAUAGAUUUUGUAGUGGUUGGUCUAGUGAUAUCGACGAUUUGUUGGGCAUUUGCAAACAGAUUCCUAUCACAUAG